CACAGGAGCUAGCAAGUUGUACCACAAAUACUACAAAUAGCAAAAAUUUGAUAUGUGGUGUAUUACUUCAAUAAAGUGUAUAGGAUCAAUAAAUGACAAAAUAGAUUCCGCCUAUUAAACUGUGGGCUGGUCACCGCAUGUAGGAUAUAAUUAAUAUAUACUUUAUUUUAAAAUGGCUAGCGAGGAUGUAAUUGAAUUGGGUUCAUCUGACGAUGAAACCCAGCCUGCACCAAAGAAGAAAAAACUAAUGCCUAAUGCUAUGGUUAAUAUACCGACAAAGCUACCAGGAGUUACCAUAAAACCGGCAAAAUUUAAUUUAAUUCCUGCUCCAAGGAUUUCAAGCAAUCCCUCUAAGGCCUAUAACGUCCCCAAGGGAAUUUUGUCAAAACCAAUCAUGAUUGGCAAAGGUAAUAUUAGCUUUGAUCGCAAUAUUAAUAAAUAUAAGCCCUCUCCUGCAAUCUGUGUUCCUAUCUUGAAAAAUAACCCCAAGGUCACGAGACCUGUUACAUCAACUCCAAACAGAAAUUUCAUUAACCCAAUAAGUAUAGCAAAAAAUUUAAAAAAGUCUGAAACUGUAAUUAAGAAAUUACCACCAAGUAAAAAAUUCAAAAGUCCUGCAGAAAUACAAGGGCCCAGACUAUUGGAUAAUUUGCCACCAGGAAUUACUAUCAGACCUUUAGCUCAUGCUGGUGUAUCUGGAUUCAAUAAAAAUCGUAAUGCUAGUAUUCUGAAAAAUUCUAUUGGUGAAAUAUUAACUGUAGAAAUAGAUGAUGAAGAAUCAAUUGAGUCAUCAAUAGGUAGUCCGCAAUGGUACCUGAGACCUGAAGAGCAAAUAGAUAACAAUUUGCCCAAAGAACAUGAUGAAGUUGUAAAUAAGUCUUAUGGCAAUAUUGAGCUGUCAUUGGAAGAACAAAAUAAUAAAGAACCAGAAAUUAAAAACUUUGUGGAAAUAACUAUAGAAGAUAGUCCUGUUAAAGGUUUGCAUUUAAGAGAAAGAAGUCAGAUUGGAAAAGAGUUAUCUAUAACCGUUGAAGACAGUCCAGUUAAAGUAAUUGAAAAUAAAGACGAAGAUAGAGAUGGUAGAUUAGGACUGGAGAAAGCACCACAGAGUAAAAAGAAAUUGGAGUACCCAACAAGAAAAGUUAUCAAAGAUGUACGACAAGUAGUGGAAAUUGAAAUUGAUCUCAUGGAAACGGGUCCAUUUAUAUGUAAUGAUAAUAAUGAUACAGGUAAUGAACAAAUUGAAUCAAAUUCUGGUGAACAAGGUAAUUUAAAGCAUAAAGAAGCUUAUGUUAUUAAUGAUUAUUCUAAAGAUAACUCACCCCAACGUGGUGAUGGAGAAUUCCAUCCAGUUUAUCAAAAUUUUAUAGAUUUGUGUUUUGAGCUUGAAAAUUCUGAAGACAUGAGAAAAAUUGUUGAGAAGAAAAUAAAAGCAUAUUAUAAACAAUGUCCAAAGGAAUAUGUAGAGUCUGAAGAGUUCAUUGAUAUGGUUUCUGGUAAAAUAGUGUCAAUGGGAGCUGCACCAGGGAAAAUGUAUUUAUUUAUUAAAGAUGUAGUCGAUGAAUUGAAUUUGCAAAGGAAAAUGUCCAAAACAUUAGGCCCGAAGACAACAGACAUUAUACAAGAUAAAAUAAUUGCUGGAGACGAAAGUGAAUAUGACUCCAAGAGACAAAAACAAAUAAGAAAAUUAGAGAAAACCAUAAAGAAAUUACACAGAGCAAUACAAAAACUAGAAGAACAGGAGGUAGAUUUCGAAGAUGAGGAUGAUUCAGUUUAUCUAUUGACUGAAAGGUAUAAAGAAAGAAUGGUCCGUGUUUAUGCAAAGUUUUGCCAGUUGACAAAUACUAAAAUGCCAUCAGAACCUCGUAUAAACUUAGAAGUUAGACCUGGACGCCCCGUAGGCCCUGCAAGAAAACUUGAAAAGUGGAUAAAUAAAAAAGUGCCAAUAGGAACACCAUUACCAUUCCCCGACUUUCAUGAUGUUAUUCGUUGUGUUCGGGAGGCUAAUGGGGAAGAUAAUUUGGGUUGGAAUGAAGUUGAUAUAAUGGAGGAAGCUCGCGACUUAUUUACGAGAUGUGGUAAAAAACUCCAAAGGCGCCGACAAGAAAAUGAAUGGAGACUGGCUAUUUCAAGAAUAUCUCUUGAUAUAGAUCCGGCAGUGGAAAAUGUUGAUCUCAAAAAGAAGCUGGAUGAAAACCAAUCUUUGGCGUCUAAAAGAGAGACAGAGCUUUUGAACAAGUAUGUAGAUAGACAGAACCAAUUGAAGCUUGUAGCUGAAGAAAUUGGAGACAAAGAAGCAGAAGAGUCUCCAGUAGAAAGUGAGGAAGAGGAACUUGUUGAGGAUAACAAUUCAUUAGUGAAUAAACAGAAACGUAAAGAAAGGCUUAAGAGACUACUACAAGAAAAACAUAGAAAAACAGAAGAAAAAGAAAAUGAUCCAACAAAAGAAGAAAACAGUAAUAUUAAAAGUAAUGAAAAACUGGUGCAAUCGAAACCAGUAGAGCCAGACAAUAAAUUGCCAGAGGACAGUCUAAACAAAAUAGACAUUGCAGAUAAUGACAAUGCUCAAGAAAUUGAAGAAUAUGUUGUAAUUGAAAACACUGAUGAAAAUAUAAUAACAAAUAAAGCAGAAGAUAAGAAGGGUGACAGUGAUGUAUAUGACUUUGAAUCUGAUAUAGAUGAACUACAUCUUUUACAGAAAUUGCACUCUGAAAAUGAAAGUGAGUCAUCAAUUCUUGAGUCUUCUGAUUCUGAUACGCCCAUAGCUAUCUCAGAUACUUUAGAAUCAGACAGUGAUACAGAAAAUAAAAAGCCUUUCAGCGAUGUAAUAAGUAUUGAAAAUUCCAGUUACUCUGAAUCUGAAGUUACUGCUGAUGGUUUUUCAAAAGAAUGUGAUGUAAAAAAAUCAAAUGUUGAAAACUUAGUGAGCUCUGCUUUCGAAGUUGAGUAUUACGCAACCAGUCCUGCGCGAAAAGGAAACGAAAAUAUAAUUGAAAAUAUACUUCUUGCUUCGUCUGACGAUGACAGCUCAAAUAAUAAUACAAGAUAUGACGAAACGUGCAUAAAUUUAAAAGACGACGAUAUAUCUUUCACAGAGACAACUGUAGUAACAACAGGAAUAACUGUCAAUAAGAACUUGUUUGAGAACAAAUCCUUCACGGAAACAGCAGCUGUAACAACAGGAAUAACUAUCAAUAAAAACUUGUUUGAGAACAAUAAUGCUUUAAAAAUACGAGAGGAUAUAUUUGAAAAUGUCAAUAUGAAUAAGUUAAUCAACGAACAAGGAGACAAACAAAGUACCAAUAGUAUGAAUACUGUUAUAGAAUGUUCUGAUGUUGAUGAUGUUAAUAAUUUAUGUGAGGCAUCAAUAGACGAGGUAGAAAACAGAAGUAUAUCAGAUGAUGUUCAUUCAGUUGAAAGUCUCGAUACCCGAAUUGAACAAAACGAACAAGAAAUAAACUUUAUACAAGUGGAGAGACAUAAGGAACCAUUUAAAAUUAUGGAGCUAAGCAGUGAGAAUAUGAAUAAUGACAUACAAUCGAAUGACUCACCUGCCAAUGUCGAGACUGGUAAUGCUAAUUCUAUGGAAAUAGAAUAAAAUUUAUAUAACUAUCAAAUAAAAAACACUUAAACAAUUGAGCUAUUUAAUUGUAUUGCUUAUAUUCAGUUUUUAAUUUUAUGCUGUAUAUAGAUAUUAAUAUUAUAAAUAUAAGAAUAAGACCUAUUUAAACAAUAAAAAGAUGGAUAAGCAAGAAGUAGAUUGCAACAAAAUAAUUGUUUUAUUAUUAAGAAUCAUCAUAUUUUAAGACUUGUAUACAGAAAUUUUUAUUAUAAAUGUAGUAAGUUUCGGGUAAAUUAAAUAAAUGAAGCUGAGCUUGUGUUAACAGAAUGUAUCUCUGUUUACAUAUGUAUUAAAUUAUAUUUCGACGAGUUAAGUAAGGAGAGUAGCUGAUAUAUAAUCAAUUAUGUCAAAUUAGUCAAAAAUAUAAUUUUAUUUUAAAACAAUCUGGAAUUAAAGAAGAUUUUAGUAUAUGUUAAUUUGAGUAAUUGCUCUAUGGCUUACAAUGAUAUCUCGAAGUAAAAUAUUUCUAGUUUGUGAUUUUGUUUGAUAGAAACAUUGCACAAUUUUAAGAUAUAUCUAAUAUUAUAUUCAAUAGUUAUUGUAAGUUAAUCUAGACAAACUGAUUGUACGCAAAUGUGUUAUAAAAUAAUUAAAAAACUAGUAAAAAUUGUAUUAGCAUUUCCUCACUUGUUGCAUAAACUACGAAAUCAACAUUGUCAUGUCCUACACAUUGUGUAAUGUUCUCAAUGUCUGCUUAGAUUAUCUUAAGUAAAUGUUUUAGAUUUAAUAUAAGCAGAUAGAAUGGACUGAGCAAUUGACGAUUGUCUAAUGAUCUUGCGUUGAGCGACCUCUGAAUAUAAAUAUAUGCCAAUUGUAAAAACUCCUAUGAUAAAAUUAAUUUCAAGUAUAUUGUUUUUAAAUGUGAAUUUGUACAGGGGGUGUGAGGUCUGUGGCCACGUGUAUCCACCUCUUAAGCGAUGCGAGUGCUUUCCGAGGCACGGGAGUGUACACACUUCCAACUUCCAGACUCCGGGCUGCUGCUGAGAAUUUUCUGAUAGAAAAAUCUAAUAACUUUUUAUUGGCCCAGCCUGGGAAUUGAACCCAGGACCGCCGGGUCUGCGGCCUUACAUCAAGCCACUAGACCAACGAGGCAGUCAAAUUUAUCCUAAUAAUAAGAAUUUAUCCUAACUAAAUAUGUUUUUUUGUUUGUUACGCUUUUACUCAAUAUUGACCAUCACGAAAUUUUGCGUACACAUCAGUGGUACAGAAAAGGACAUUGGUACUAACAUCAUCCAUCACACGCGGGUAAAAAGUAGUAUAUUUAUAUGAUCUCAAUUGUAUGUUCUGUCGAAGAUCCAAACAUUCCGCGGGAGUCAAGGUUCACUGGUUGGCAUGUCUUGUUCUUGAAUGUCUUUUUGGCUUAUGGUCUCUCAAACUUUUUUGUCCAUAUUUAAUUAAAAGGUAGUGAUUGCUCAGUCCAGUCCAUGUCUAUAGAUUUCAACUACAAUUAUUGAUGUUUAAAAAAUAAACAGUAAUAUUUAGUCGUCA